AUGGGAGACACAGUUGAGGAACAAACGAUCAAAAUGAAAGAGGAUCUCGUCCCUGUCGACUCUGUUGGAGAUGGAGAUAGCGUUGAUGUUAUGAACGAGGCCGAUGAAAAGCGACUCCUGAGACGCAUCGACAUGUGGUCUACGCUAGGCUCCGCAUCUAUCAUGGGAUUGAUUCAAGACCUGCACCUCAACGGUACAGAGUAUUCGUGGACCAACAGCGUUUUCUAUUUUGGGGCCUUUACUUUCACUUGGGUGGCGUCUUACUUUAUGGUGCGGCUGCCCGUCGCAAAGUUUCUCGUAGGGACCUUGUAUGCUUGGGCACUGUUCAUUGGUCUUACCGCGGCGUGCAAGAACUUCGGUGGGUUGAUGAGUGUCCGAUUCCUGCUCGGAGCUGCAGAGGCCGCCAUCCUUCCGGGCUCGAGUCUCCUCACUGGGAUGUGGUACAAGCGAGAAGAGCAUCCGCUCCGGCACGGCGCCUGGUUUCUGGGAACCUCGCUUGGUGUCAUGUGCGGAGGGCUACUGGCCUACGCAAUUGCUCAUAUCCAAGGUGGAAUUGGCCCUUGGAGGUGGCUUUUUAUAAUAUUUGCCAUUGUCACGACUGUUUUGGCGACAUUCCUCCUUUGGGCUCUACCUGACACACCUCAUAAUGCCCGUUUUCUCUCCAAGGCCCAGAAAUUACAAGCCGUGAACCGUAUUCGCACCAAUAAGCAGGGUUUCAAAGACACUCACUUCAAAUGGUAUCAAGUUCGUGAGGCCAUGCAAGACCCUAAAGUUUGGCUCCCUGCAAUGAUCGCUUGUUCCCUCAGCAUCACCAAUGGAGCUCUUAAUGCCUUCAACCCAAUUAUUCUGGUCAGCUUCGGUUUCUCGAGACUGCAGGCAUACCUCUUCAACAUUGCCAUUGGUGGUAUCCACGCUUUCUUUGUCCUCAGCUCCUCUUACAUCUGCACUAAGCUGCCAAACACACGAUGCUUCACGCUUAUCGGAGUAUGCUCCAUCAGUUUAAUGGGUAGUCUCAUCGUCCGAUUGACCACAGGCAGGGGUGUUCGGCUGUUCGGGUUUCUGUGCUACUUCGCUUUCGUACCUGGUUUAACCAUCUCAUUGUCACUCAUUGCAUCUAACACGGCAGGAUUCACCAAGAAGAGCGUAUCCUCCGCUAUGUUCACGGUUGCAUAUUGUGUAGGAAAUAUUGUCGGACCAUUUACCUUCCAACUAAAAGAUGCACCGAAGUAUACAAGCGGCUACAACGGUGUCAUUGGAUGCUUUGUUGCUGCACUGGUAUUCUCAGUCACGCUUUUACUGAUUAUUAUUCGAGAGAACCACCGUCGGGAUCAAGCCUACGGAGCACCACCUGAAGUGUCUGGAGUGAUUGAAAACGCGAGGCAACUGCCAAUGCUUACUGAUGAGACGGAUGGAGAGAAUCAUGCUUUCCGCUAUGUAUACUGA